AUGCAUACAGCGCACCUCCUUGCUACCCUUGUUACCCUCUAUCUUGGCAUACUUUAUGCCGACGGAAGGGCUUUCUCGCCAUGGUCUCGUGAUGGCUCCUUCAAUCCCGGGAACGCAAGCAAGUACAAGGGCGACGAUUUGGCUCCAGUAUACUACGCUGUAGGACCCGAACCUACCAUCAACACCACGGUGGCAUGGACAGCGUCGACGAUCAUCAGUCUCAAUGCUUCCUCUACAGUGGCCACCCUCGAUUAUGGUUCUGAAGCCGCUGGCAUUCCUUUCAUAUAUGUGCAAAGCUUGUCAGGCCCGGCCCAGCUAGAGCUGCGGUAUGGAGAGCAAUUCCCUGCCCUCCAAAACCCGAAUGGCGAUGGGCCAUGGACUUUUAUCAAUGGUCUCACCAACACCUUCAGAACCGAGACAUUAAAUAUCACUACGACGGGCCGUGUGGAAUCAUUCUUUGUGCAGGGUGGACAACGAUGGCAGUCUGUCCGGUUGCUCACUGAAGCACCAAUCUCGUUGAGUGCCGGACUUCGGUUGACCUCGGAUCACUUGGCUCCCGCGCAGCUCAGCGGCCGCUUCAGUGCAUCAAAUCCACUGUACGAGGAGAUCUUCGACUUGGGAGGUCGAACCGUGCAGGCGGCCUGCAUCGACAGGGGUGCCGCGCCGUCUGUGUGGGAAGUCACCUCGGACGGGGUCAGAGUCCGGGGUCAGCAGACGUCACAAAGUAUUGUCGGCAUCAACUUCUCCAACUACACCAUCUCGUUCAUGACAAAGGUCAUACAGAGUGGGACGGCUUUCCGCGUGGCUUCAGGCGUGUUUCCUUAUGGAGCUUACUUUGUGCUCACAACCCAAUCAACCCCUUACUUGGACACCAAUCGAACAGUACUACCAGCAAAUUCUCUCAUCUGGAACUACGGCUGGUCGAUGGUCAACCAGUCUACACUUGCUGUGCCUGCCGUACACGUCCUUCCCCUCAAGACACCCAUCGUGCCGGAUACCUGGUACAACAUCGCGCUGGAGAUCACGUCGACUGGAUAUAACAUCUCCCUCGAUGGCCGGAGCCUAGCAUUUAUCUCGUCCGAGGAGAUUCUUGCGCUCUUAAAUCCUCUCUGGGGCAGUCCAACCUGGUACAGUGGCACGUGGGGAUUUGGCCCAUUCCAGGGUCAGGAUGCUUUCUUCAAGGACGUAAAGGUCAUCGCCAAGAAUGGAACCGUCCUGUACAACAAUUCGAUGAUGUCGAGUGAUGUUCUGGCGGAAUAUAGCGUGCUCCCCAACCCAAACCCUGUGUGUAUGGACGGGGCGAAGCGAGAUCGCCUGGUAUGGGUCGGAGACUUUGCACACACGUGCAGAGUCGUGCUUCACAGUACGAACCGCCUAGAUUACCUUCGUGGUAGCAUCUCUCAAGCGCUGGCGUGGGCCUCCGACCAUGGUCCCACCGCAGGGUUUGUCGGAAUGGACAGCCCGUUGGGGACUACCGCACUGUCAAAGGCCGCAUACAGCGAUCACCUGUACUCUCUCUUCGACUACCAGGACCUAUUCAUCCUCGCUCUCGGCGACUACUAUUGGGCGACUGGAGAUUUGGCAUUCAUCAAGGCCCACUGGUCACAAAUCGGCGCCGCUGUCGAUGGGAGGCUGACGUUGAACAACCCAACGACUUCUCUAUCAGAGACGCCCGACAUCCAAGGCAUUUACUUCCUCGGUCCGGCCAAUGGAUCAGCCGCAUCUGCUGUGAAUGUUCUGGCUCUCCAGCGCGCCGCAUCGCUGGCGAGUGCAGUUGGCGACGUCGCCUCUGUUCAUAAGUGGACAGCCGUUGCGCAAAGUAUCAGUACCGCAAUCAAUUCGCUACUCUGGAAUCCAGAAAGCGGAGUCUAUUCACUGUCUACGGCGUACCCCGACGACUUUUCCCUCGCCGCGAUUGCUUUCACCAUCCGAGCCGGGAUUGCAAACGCGACGCAAGCCGCGGCGAUGAUCCAAAAGGUCCCCCAACUACGUCUUGGUAUAGGAUUCAAAGACAGCUCAAUGGUCAACAGCACAGCUACAACUCAAUUGUCGCCCAACACGCAAGGGUUCCUUUUGGAGGCCCUGUUUCUUGCCCAUAGGGAUUUCGGAACGCCACUGGACUCUGCGCGCGUCCUCCUCGACACGUUCUGGGCUGCAAUGGUGACUCAGAAUCAAUAUUACUCGGGGGCCAGUUGGGAGUAUACAUACCCGGACGGCUCGCCGGGAAUCGACCUGUUCACGUCAUUGUCCGAUCCUUGGGGUGCGGCCCCGACCUACCUCCUCUCGGAAUAUGUCCUUGGUAUUAGUGCCACCAAGCCUGGAUAUACAAGCUGGUCCAUGCAGCCUCUUGUCGAGGGCCUCGGUCUGACGCACGCGUCUGGCACGGUACCGACACCUUCAGGACCAAUCGAAGCAAAUUGGCAUAUCGUCGGCAACAAUGCGACCAUCUGUGUGUCUGCUCCAAAGGUGAGCCGUGGGCAGAUUGUAUUCGGAGGGCAGAAAUUUGCCGUCAGCGGGGGACAGCAACACUGCGUCAACGUCGCGCUCUGA